AUGUGCACCAUCCUACUAGGAGUAUACGACCACGAUUUACCGGACUACUCUAAGGGCGACAUCUUGGCCAUACUGUCAGUGGUCGUUGCCGACUGGUUUUUUAACAUCGCUAUGUGCAUCGGUCUCGUGGAGUUGUCCCCUCUUUGGGUCACGAUGGGUACAAUUCUCUGCGUCCCGGCUGCUUUGGUAUUCGACAUGCUCGUCAAAGGUCUCGUAUUGUCUUUGGGCGCGUGGAUCGGGGGUAUUCUCACCGCCGUUGGUUUCAUCGUCUACAACAUCAUCACAGCGAGAGCCGAUGAACACAACAUUGAAAACUCGAAUGCUACCUGA